AUGGCGGCCCGGAGCGCCCCGAACUGCCACCUGCGGCUCGAGUGGGUGUACGGCUACCGGGGUCACCAGUGCCGCAACAACCUCUACUACACGGCGGCCAAGGAGAUCGUGUACUUCGUGGCGGGGGUCGGCGUGGUGUACAGCCCGCGGGAGCACCGGCAGAAGUUCUACCGGGGCCACAGCGACGACAUCAUCAGCCUUGCUUUGCAUCCUGAACGAGUAUUAGUAGCAACAGGACAAGUUGGGAAAGAACCUUAUAUCUGUGUUUGGGAUUCAUACACUGUGCAGACCAUAUCAGUGCUGAAGGAUGUUCAUACUCACGGUAUAGCUUGUUUGGCAUUCGACUUAGAUGGGCAGCGCUUGGUUUCAGUUGGACUCGAUUCAAAGAAUGUAGUUUGCAUUUGGGAUUGGAAAAGGGGAAAAAUGCUGUCUAUGGCUCCUGGUCACACAGACAGAAUAUUUGAUAUUUCUUGGGAUUUGUACCAGCCAAAUAAACUUGUCAGCUGUGGUGUAAAACAUAUCAAGUUUUGGAAUUUAUGUGGAAAUGCUCUGACCCCAAAACGAGGUGUGUUUGGUAAGACCGGUGACCUUCAGACAAUAUUGUGCCUAGCCUGUGCCAGGGAUGAAUUAACAUAUUCUGGUGCACUCAAUGGUGAUAUAUAUGUUUGGAAAGGAAUCAAUCUUACACGAACAAUACAAGGAGCCCAUACUGCAGGAAUUUUUAGCAUGAAUGCUUGUGAAGAAGGCUUUGCUACUGGUGGCAGAGAUGGCUGUAUUCGUCUUUGGGAUUUAACUUUUAAGCCAAUUACUGUGAUUGAUCUCAGGGAAACAGACCAGGGAUACAAAGGUUUGUCUGUGAGGAGUGUUUGUUGGCGAGGUGACCACAUUCUGGUUGGAACACAGGACAGUGAAAUUUUUGAAAUUGUGGUACAUGAAAGAAAUAAACCUUUCCUAAUUAUGCAAGGACACUGUGAAGGUGAACUUUGGGCACUUGCUAUCCAUCCUACUAAACCUUUAGCUGUGACUGGAAGUGAUGAUCGUUCGGUCAGGAUAUGGAGCCUAGUAGAUCAUGCAUUAAUAGCAAGGUGUAAUAUGGAAGAACCAAUUCGCUGUGCAGCUGUAAAUGUAGAUGGAAUUCAUCUUGCUCUUGGAAUGAAGGAUGGUUCAUUCACUGUACUUCGAGUAAGAGAUAUGACAGAAGUUGUACAUAUUAAAGAUAGGAAGGAGGCAAUUCAUGAGUUAAAAUAUUCACCAGAUGGAACUUACCUUGCUGUUGGGUGCAAUGACAGCUCAGUUGAUAUUUACGGAGUUGCUCAGCGUUAUAAGAAAGUUGGAGAAUGUGUUGGAUCACUUAGUUUCAUCACUCACCUGGACUGGUCCUCAGAUAGUAGAUAUUUACAGACAAAUGAUGGGAAUGGGAAAAGACUUUUCUAUAGGAUGCCAGGUGGAAAAGAGGUGACAAGUAAAGAAGAAAUAAAAGAUGUUCACUGGGCAUCCUGGACAUGUGUUUCAGGCCUUGAAGUAAAUGGAAUUUGGCCCAAGUAUUCAGAUAUCAAUGAUAUAAAUUCAGUAGAUGGAAAUUAUAUUGGCCAAAUUUUAGUUACAGCUGAUGACUACGGAGUUGUAAAAUUAUUCCGAUAUCCUUGCUUAAGAAAAGGAGCCAAAUUUAAGAAAUAUAUUGGCCAUUCGGCUCAUGUAACUAAUGUCAGAUGGUCACAUGAUUAUCAGUGGGUUAUUUCUAUUGGUGGAGCAGACCACUCUGUCUUUCAGUGGAAAUUUAUUCCUGAAAGAAAACUCAAAGAUGCUUUUCAUAUAGCACCCCAAGAAAGUCUGGCUGACUCUAAUAGUGAUGAAUCCGAUUCAGAUCUAUCUGAUGUUCCAGAACUGGAUUCUGAAAUUGAACAAGAGACACAGCUAACUUACCGUCGGCAGGUUUACAAAGAAGAUCUACCUCAGCUUAAAGAACAAUGCAAAGAGAAACAAAAAAGUGCUGCUUCUAAAAGAAGAGAGCGAGCUCCAGGAAAUAGUAUUCGAUUACACUUUGUCCAUGGUUACAGAGGUCAUGAUUGUCGCAGUAACCUGUUUUAUACUCAAAUUGGUGAGAUUGUGUACCACGUGGCAGCAGUGGGUGUUAUUUACAAUCGGCAGCAAAACACACAGCGCUUUUACAUGGGUCACGAUGAUGAUAUUCUCUGCCUGGCCGUUCAUCCUGUGAAAGACUAUGUGGCAACAGGCCAGGUAGGUAGGGAUCCUUCAAUUCACAUAUGGGAUACAGAGACCAUUAAACCAUUGUCAGUAUUAAAGGGCUACCACCAAUAUGGUGUCUGUGCUGUUGAUUUCUCAGCGGAUGGAAAACGUUUGGCUUCAGUUGGAAUAGAUGAUAGCCACACUAUUGUGCUGUGGGACUGGAAGAAAGGAGAAAAACUUUCAACAGCGAGAGGAAGUAAAGAUAAGAUUUUUGUUAUAAAGAUGAACCCCUACAUGCCUGAUAAAUUAAUUACAGCUGGAAUUAAACACAUGAGAUUUUGGCACAAAGCAGGGGGAGGAUUGAUUGGAAGAAGAGGCUACAUAGGCACACUGGAGAAGAAUGAUACAAUGAUGUGUGCUGUGUAUGGAUGGACAGAAGAGAUGGCUUUCUCUGGAACAUCCACAGGAGAUGUGUGUAUCUGGAGAGACAUCUUUCUAGUGAAAACAAUCAAAGCACAUGAUGGCCCAGUGUUCAGUAUGCAUGCGCUAGAAAAAGGAUUUGUAACUGGAGGGAAAGAUGGUGUUAUAGCUCUUUGGGAUGAUUCCUUUGAGAGAUGUCUCAAGACUUAUGCUAUAAAAAGAGCUGCUUUGGCCCCAGGAUCUAAAGGUCUUCUCUUGGAAGAUAACCCAUCUAUACGUGCCAUAUCAUUAGGACAUGGUCAUAUUUUAGUUGGUACAAAGAAUGGUGAAAUACUAGAAGUUGAUAAAAGUGGCCCAAUAACACUGCUGGUCCAGGGACACAUGGAAGGAGAGGUGUGGGGUUUGGCCACACAUCCUUAUCUGCCCAUCUGUGCUACUGUGAGUGAUGAUAAAACCUUAAGAAUAUGGGAUCUCUCUCCUAGUCAUUGUAUGUUGGCUGUUCGGAAACUGAAAAAGGGUGGAAGGUGUUGCUGUUUCUCUCCCGACGGUAAAGCUUUAGCCGUGGGUCUCAAUGACGGAAGUUUCUUUAUGGCAAAUGCAGAUACUCUAGAGGAUCUUGUAUCUUUUCAUCACAGAAAAGAUAUUAUUUCAGAUAUUCGAUUUUCACCUGGUUCUGGAAAAUACCUAGCUGUAGCAUCCCAUGACAGCUUUAUAGACAUAUACAAUGUAAUGAGUAGUAAACGCGUAGGAAUAUGCAAAGGCGCUGCCAGUUACAUAACCCACAUCGACUGGGAUAUUAGAGGUAAGAACAACUUAAUAUUUAAUAAGUUUUCAUUUGAUAUUUUAGACAUACAGAAAGUAGAAAAAAUUAGCUGGGCAUCAUGGACAAGUGUGCUUGGUUUAUGCUGUGAGGGAGUUUGGCCAAUAAUUGGAGAAAUCACAGAUGUAACUGCCUGUUGUCUUACCAAUGACAAAAUGAUCCUGGCUACGGGGGAUGAUUUGGGAUUUGUGAAGCUAUUCAGAUUUCCUGCUAAAGGUAAAUUUAGAAACUUUAAGAGGUAUGUGGCCCAUAGUACACAUGUCACAAAUGUUCGCUGGACUUAUGAUGACAGCAUGUUGGUUACCCUAGGAGGGACAGAUAUGUCCUUAAUGGUUUGGACAAAUGAAAUGGAGGGCUUUCGAGAAAAGAGGUCCUGUGAUAGUGAAGAGUCUGAUGUAGAUUCUGAAGAAGAUGGGGGCUACGACAGUGAUGUUACAAGGGAGAAUGAAAUCAGUUACACCAUCAGAGCCUUGUCAACAAAUAUUCGCCCAAUGGUUGGAAUCAAGCCUCAUUUACAACAAAAAGAACCCUCAGUAGAUGAGAGGCAGGGAAUAGUAAGGGGUUCCAGGCCCCCCGUGAGCAGAGCUCCACCACAACCAGAGAAACUCCAGACAAACAAUAUAGGCAAGAAGAAGAGACCCAUAGAGGACCUAGUAUUGGAGCUUGUUUUUGGCUAUCGGGGCAAAGACUGUAGGAACAAUGUUCACUAUUUAAAUGAUGGUGAUGAUAUAAUUUAUCACACGGCAUCAGUUGGAAUUCUGCACAAUGUUGCUACAGGGACUCAGAGUUUUUAUCAGGAACAUAAUGAUGAUAUUCUGUGCCUCACUGUAAAUCAGCACCCCAAAUUUAUCAACAUAGUGGCAACUGGCCAAGUAGGUGAGUCAGCAGACAUGUCAGCUACAGCCCCUUCCAUCCACAUCUGGGAUGCGAUGAACAAGCAGACUUUAUCGAUCCUGAGAUGCUACCACUCAAAGGGAGUGUGCUCGGUCAGCUUCAGUGCAACUGGCAAAUUAUUACUGUCUGUGGGACUAGACCCAGAGCAUACUGUUACCAUUUGGAGGUGGCAGGAAGGUGACAAAAUUGCCAACAGAGCUGGUCACAACCAACGUAUUUUUGUGGCAGAAUUCAGACCAGAUUCAGAUAGCCAGUUUGUCUCUGUGGGAGUGAAACAUGUGAAGUUCUGGACCCUGGCGGGAAGGGCUCUUCUGAGCAAAACAGGGCUCUUGAGCACCCUGGAUGACGUCCGCAUGCAGACCAUGCUCGCUGUAGCGUUUGGUGCAAAUAACUUGACGUUUACAGGUACCGUCAGUGGUGAUGUCUGUGUAUGGAAAGAUCACAUACUGUGUCGAAUCGUGGCCAGAGCUCACAACGGGCCUGUGUUUGCGAUGUACACCACCUUGCGGGACGGACUGAUUGUGACUGGUGGCAAGGAGAGGCCGUCAAAAGAAGGAGGAGCCGUUAAACUGUGGGAUCAGGAACUGAGGCGAUGCCGUGCCUUCCGGCUUGAGACAGGACAAGCUACGGACUGUGUUCGUUCUGUGUGCAGAGGCAGAGGCAAGAUAUUAGUUGGGACAAGAAAUGCUGAAAUAAUUGAGAUUGGAGAGAAAAAUGCAGCAUGUAAUAUUUUAGUUAAUGGUCAUGUGGAUGGACCCAUCUGGGGUCUUACAACUCACCCUUCCCGGGACCUGUUCCUUUCUGCAGCAGCUGAUGGGACAGUGAGACUCUGGGAUAUUGCUGAUAAAAAAAUGUUAAACAAAGUGAAUUUGGGACAUGCUGCCCAUACUGUGUGUUACAGCCCUGAAGGGGAUAUGGUGGCUAUUGGAAUGCAACAUGGAGAAUUCAUUAUUUUGCUGGUGAGCUCUCUCAAAAUAUGGGGAAAGAAGCGGGCCAGACGGUGUGCCAUCCAGGACGUCAGGUUCAGCCCAGAUUCCCGGUAUCUGGCAGUGGGUUCUAGCGACAACUCUGUGGAUUUUUAUGACCUAACAUUGGGCCCCACCCUUAACAGAAUUGGCUACUGCAAAGACAUCCCAAGCUUUGUCAUCCAAAUGGACUUCUCUGCAGAUAGCAGGUAUCUCCAGGUCUCCACUGGUUGCUAUAAACGGCAUGUCUAUGAAGUGCCUUCAGGAAAACAUCUUUUGGAUCAGGCCACCAUUGACAGAAUUACUUGGGCUACGUGGACUAGCAUUCUAGGAGAUGAAGUGAUGGGAAUCUGGUCCAGACAUGCUGAUAAAGCUGACGUCAACUGUGCCUGCGUUUCUCAUUCAGGAAUCAGUCUUGUCACAGGCGAUGACUUUGGCAUGGUCAAACUAUUUGACUUCCCAUGCCCUGAAAAAUUUGCAAAGCACAAAAGGUUCUUUGGCCAUUCGCCCCAUGUGACGAACAUUCGAUUUACUAGUGGGGACCGACAUGUUGUCAGUGCUGGAGGUGAAGACUGCAGUUUGUUUGUCUGGAAAUGUGUGCAUACGCCUCACUGA